GUCGAAAGUGGGACAGGAUUCCCCCGGUUGUGGAAUUCGAUACUUUCUAUUUUGGGAUCGGACAAAUUUCUCUCUCGAUUGGAAGCCCCCAUAUAGCUCUAUAUAUUUUAUAUAAUCAGAUUUUGGAGAAAACCCGUUAUUUCGUAGAAUUAAAUGGCCGACAGUAAAGACGUAGAGAAAUAAAGAAAGUGGACAAUCGAAUCGUUGAUGGAUCCUUAAUCGUAUUUAUCCGUCUUUGUAAAGUUCCGUCCAGCUUUUCUGUGCAUAACUCAUGUGCAUCCAAGAAGGUAUAAUUUGUGUCUAAGACUAGAAAUACUAAGAAAAAAAUUGAAUAACCAGUAUUCAUCAAUGGAUCUAUGACUGUCCAAUUUAAAACUAUGCAAUAGCCUUCAAAAUAUCGAUCAGAAAUUUAACUGCUGUUAUAAGUAAGGACAUUUCAUUGGUAACAUUAUUUUGCUUUUUCAAUUUUCGCAUGAAAGAAGCCAACAACUGACCGUUUAUUUUUCCUCUUCUAUCUGAGAAAAAUAAGCAUAGUUCCUCUAUUAAGAAAUUUGACUCCAGAACUGAUUUUGCUGAGAAAAUAAAGAAGACAGUACUUAUCAUUAAAAGAGAUUAUUUUGGACAAAUAUUUUGUCUUAGAAGAAUGGAACCAGUUUUGGCACGAAAACUGUAAAAGACAACAGAAACAUUCAACAAAUCCUUCGUCUUCCAACAAAUCUCGACAUGGAUGAUCUAAACAUCUCGAUUCCAGGCUACAACAAUGGAUCCACGUGCUUCAACCUUCACAAUCCAUCGAAUGAAACAACUCCGGAAGAAAGCGGCUUGUCUAACCAGUUAGAAUCCGAUCCUCCCACGCAUAAACUCCUUCUCUCAUUGGACCGCGUGGGCGUAGACAAAGAACCCAUUGGUCCCCGACGUAGGGCGAGGAGGGGUUCCACACCACGUACGCCCCAGCAGCAAGCCCGAUCGGUGGCCAGAAGAAACGCCAGAGAACGCAAACGCGUGUGUCUCGUCAACAUGGGGUUCGCGAAUCUUCGCGAUCACAUUCCGCCCCAUCUCACUGUCCAGGCCGGACCUCCAAGUAAGUCGAGAUCUGGUAAUAACAGCGCUGCUUCGAACAAAAAAUUGAGCAAAGUGGACACUCUAAGGUGUGCCAUCGAGUAUAUCAAGCAACUUCGAGAAGCAAUAGGGUUCGAUGAUAAGGACAGCACAGGGGCAGCUUCGAUUGAAGGAUUUUCUUCGUCACCCCCCGAAUCAUCAUCUUCCCCCUCAUAUUGCACCACUCCCUCACCUGUAACUAUUCUGAUGGGAGAUUCCAGGAGUCCUCCAAUGUUCGAAGACGAUGAGAACGACGAUUUUUUCAAUAUUGUGGACUGGACGACAUUAUAGCGAGUGAGGAGUGUCAGCGAUUCCUGACAAAUUGUAUAUUUGUUAA